GUAAAUCAAUAGACAGGACACACUGUAAGAAAGCUUCACGAAGAGUGCGCGGUUCUUGUACUUAGUUCCAUCAGUUGAUUUUUUUCAAUCAGAAAAUAUGUCGUCUCCUUUUGCUCUGAACACGGGCCAUCUGGAUGCCGAAACUGUGGCUCAGGCUGAAAAGGAACUCCGCGAAACUCUCGAACUCAGAGCGCAAGCAUUCACGGAGUUGAGGGCACUCCUCAAAGACGACAGUACAAUUUUUUUCGCUGACGACGACGAAACUCUAACGAUUUUUUUGAGGCCCUGCAAAUGGUACGCCCAGAGUGCAUAUGAACUGAUGAAGCGUAUAUCGCUGUUCAAAGACAAACACAAGGCCAUCAUAGAUAAUCUAUUGCCAGAGGAUGAGAAAGUUGCCUUUACUGAGCACAAAGUUGUGAAUGUUCUAACCAACAGGGAUCACAAAGGAAGAAGAAUCCUGAUUGUUAAUGCUGGAGCCACCUGGGACCCCUCGAAAGUGACCUCCGACCAAAUCUUCCGCAUGUUCUACCUCAUCCACGAGGCUGCAGUGCUCGAGCAGGAGACCCAAGUGAAGGGCGUGGUGGUCAUCAUGGACUACGACGACAUGGGCAUGAAACAGGUGAAGGGCUUGGGCCCGGCCUUCAGCAUGCUACUGCUGUCUUUCAUCCAGGAGGCCAUGCCGUUAAGGCUGAAGGAGGUACACAUGGUGAAGCAGCCCUUCAUCUUCAACAUGGUGUGGCAGCUGUUCAAGCCCUUCGUCAAGCAGAAGCUCAAAGGCAGAAUUUUUUUCCACGGUAGUAAAAUGUCCUCCCUUCACAAACAUCUGGAUCCCUCCCAUUUGCCAAAGGACUAUGGUGGCGUAUUGCCCGCUAUCGACUAUUCCGGAAAAGAUUGGUAUCCUGUCGUUAAUGACGUCAUAGAUCAUAUCAAACGAAUGAACUCUUAUGGACUGACGAAGAAGUGAAAACAUAGAUAUUUCGAAUUGGACUUUUUUGUGUAUAUUUAAUGUAUAGUGAGAGAGCACGUACUGGAACGAGGAUGAGAAUAUUGUACGUUUGAAUUUGUCCAUACGAAUCAUUCCAUUAGGGUACUAUACUUUUUCAAGUAAUAUGAACUUCGAAUGAUUUCAUUAUUUUGUUAGACAUUUAUAUGUAUAGUAUUGUUGAAUAGUUGUACUUUAUAUACUGUUAUUGAAUAUUUUUAAUCCAUUUUUAAUAAAGACCAACUUUGUGCAGAUGUACAGUUUAUUUUGGUAUUUUUUAUUUAUCAAUCAACCAAGCAAUCAACUUUAUUAUUCCCAAGAAACAACAUUUGUUUAUAGCAGGGAACAUGAUGAAUAUAUAAAUAUAUAUGACGAAAUGAAGAGGACAUUAAAAUAAGAUUCACACUCAAGAAGAAAUAAUAUUUUUUUCUAGUUCAACUGAAAAUGAUACUUAAUUGACUCAGGUGUUAGGUACCCAAUUGAUAACUAUAAUAGUUGUACGAGAAAACUAUAAAAAUGAGAUAAGAUGUCAAUAUCAGAGAUGUAUAUAGAUGUUUCUUUAAUUCCUUCUUAAACUUUUCAAUCCUAUUAAUCAGUUUCAAGUUAUUUGGCAGUGAAUUGUAUUGUAUCAUUCCAUUGUGAUAAAUAUAUUUU